AUGGCCUUUCUCCAGCAGCUUCGGCUUCUUCUAUGGAAGAACGGUCUAACUGUGAUCAGGCAGCCGGCAUGGUCCCUGACCCUCAUCAUCUGGCCCCUGAUCAUCUUCAUCAUCAUUGCUGUGACCCGGAACCAGUUUCCUCCGAUAAUAAAAGAAACAUGUUACGUUGGACCCAGAAACCUGCCCAGCACAGGUUUCUUCCCUUUCCUGCAGACCCUCAUGUGCAACACGGACAGCAACUGUCAUGACAAAUCUCAACUGGCGGAGUCAGCUGCAUCAAAGUCUAAGAGGUAUGACAGGUCAUCGCCGCUGCCGAAUGGUUCUCCACUGGCAGGCCUGAUGCAAGGGGAUGGUUUUUUAGGGUUUACUCUCCCCAAAAUCGACAAAUUCAAUGAUCCUGCAUCACUGAUCAAUGCCUUCCAGAGCAUUGUGGGUCAAACUCAUCAAGGAAGUCCUACAAAUGUCUCCUUCACCAACACCACUCAUGUGGGAGAUAAGGAGAGCUUCAACAAACUGCUGGAGUCGGUGAGCGUGUUGAAGAGAGCCAUCUGCACCAUGAUACUGCCCAUGAUAAACACCACCUCGCCCGACCCCUUCACCACCUGUGCGGUCACUUUCUGCAAGACCAACAACACUGUGUUAGAGGUGUCGCUCUCCACACUCAACCAGAUGCUGUCAGAUCUGAUGCAGAAGAAACCAGACGAGAUGAUGACGGCGGCCGGGCUGGGGGUGAUGGUGUUCGAUCAGCUGCAGAAUCAGACCUCGCUGUGGGAAAGUCUCCUCGUUCUCCCCCAGCUCUUCUCUAAUGGUUCAAUCGACCAAGGGCUGCACAACACAGAGGUUCUACUCACCAACAUACAGGGUGCUCUGCAUGUCAUCCAGAAGAACUUCCCCGAAGCUAGUGCCACACUUUCCCCCGUGAAUCUAGUGAUUGCCGGAGGCAUCAACGUGAUCCGCUACAUGCAAAACUGGCCUGGCAGAGUUGUGUCCAUUACCCUGGGAGACGUCGUCACCUUGCAGAACGACUCAAUUAGUGAGAUGGUGAAAAGUGUUCUUCAAGAGGUCAAGAUACCACUCGACCAGGCUAUCGGCCUGACAAUGGACAGUAGCAUGGUGUCCUCCUACUUGUGCGACAACGGCAGUAACCCAAUUUGGUUAACGGCAGCCUGCAGCACGGGCACUGUGAACAUGCUUCUGCGUAGAAUCAGCCCUGACAAGGUGGCAAAGCAGGUUCUCCUGGCCUGGAGUAAGCAUGUUGCUCUACAUGACUUGGCCUUCGUCAAAGGGCUGCUGCACAGUCUGAUCGGUGGCUUAUCCCCAGGAGGUCCGGGCGGUUCCAACACCUCGAGGAACCGCCGUAGCGUGGAGACACAGCCACAAAAUAUUGAUGAGGAUCUGUUUUUAAGCGUGGGACAAGUGGUGAUGGAGCUUGUAAAACUUGACUCUGAGCUGGAGAUGGUUGUCCAGAGCUUCCUGAGGACUGGCUUUCAGUCCCUGAUGACAGGAACACUGGCCCUCGACACUGUGGAGGAAAUGAUGGAAAAUGUCCUGAAAGAUGCCAAUCAACUCAAAGUGUUUUGGACCACAUUGCUGACAAACCAGCCACAGUCAAGCGCUUGGAUCGGUCGUGUCCUGGGCAGUGUGACGGAAGUUGUUAUCAAGGUUCUGGCAUCUGAUAAUUUAACAUGUGCGGACGUCCUGGGUCCCCUCGAGUUCCUCUUAGAGACUGAAACCAUAAAGAUUGACGUGUGGAGGGCAAUCAUCUGCCAGAACAGCUCUGAUCUACCGCUGUAUCUACUGAAGGACUGGCUGCCCUUGAUUCAGAAGGCGCAAGAGGUUUACGACGCCAUCACAAGCCGAACAGAAUACAACGUAACGCUUCCCAUGAUUCUCUCCGAGUGGCAGAAGUUGAACAACAAGAGCAUGAAGUUUGGAGAGCUUCUGAACAGACUGGCUGAAGAGCUGGGUGGAGCAUACUGGAUGAACUGGAUGCCAGACAACCCUCAGAAUUUCACUCAGACUCUUCAACAAAGUGUUUUCUUCUUCAUGGUGAAUUUGGGAGAAAAACUUGAGAAGAGUCAACUGUGGCCCGAAGCAAAGAACUACUUCCACAUGCUUUACUGGGUCUUGAACUACAACCCGGGGGUCACUCCUCCGCCUUCAAACUGCUCCGUCAACCCCUUAACCUUAGCCAUUAAUUGCGAUACUGGUUUGAACUGGUCACGGUUUGUUCAAGGACUGGCCGAGGCUCUGAUGUCAUCAGAUGUAGACGUCCUGGUGAGAUAUCUCAAAGGGAGUUUGCAUCUUUUGCAGCACAUGUAUGGCGACAUCUACAAAUUUCUGGCAACAGCAUCACUGAAAAAAGAGAUCAAAGGUGGAGAUGCCCUCUCCGACUACCUGGUUAACCUGAUGUUAAACCUGGACGGGUUUUUACGGGUUGUCUCCACCCUUCCCAACAGCAGCACCUCUAACCCGAAUGUUCUGCUUCCCCAACUAAAUAUGCUGCUAACGUACACAGGUCUUGCACCACUGCUGCCUCUGUUCCUCAGUGACGGCCCCCUUAAUUUCUCCACAGUCAUUGAUGUUGCCUCAAAGGUUGGCAGACUCAACCAGCACAUUUUUACCUUCAAUGAAACGGACCCAACAAUGCCUGAGCUUGAGGGGCUGAUAACUAAGUUCCUUUCAUUGCAAGGGAACCUCACCCUGUCGCUCCCUCACAUCAUGGGAAGCAGUCUGCUUACCUAUUCUGACUAUUUCGAUCCUGACGUUGUGGCCCAGCUCAGAAAAGCCAUCAAGCCUUUCACCAACCAAACUUCAUCAGGUAUUGUAGAGACCAUCCUCAGUGCCAUGGAGGUACUGAAGACAGUGAUUGAUUCUCCGAAUGGCGACCCAACUAAUAUCAUUCUUGGGUAUCUACACCAGCUUCAGGAAUUGGCGAUGUCUAUAUACAGGCUGCGAAAAAUCGAGCAUAUCUUCUUACCGAGUAGCCAGGUGAGCGCAGCGCAAAUCACUGACCUCCACGUGCUUUCCAAAGACUUCCUCAACCUCCUCACCCCGGAGAGUCUUCAGAACCUGACUCAGGCCGGGCCAGAUGCUGCCCAGAACAUUGUUAUCCAGAAAUUUGUGGCAUUCUUGCCAAAAGCGUCCCGACAAGAAGCUACUCGCUUUCUCCAGGAUUUCAAAGCUCUGCAGUAUUACAUUAUCAAAUGUGGAGCAGGCCAGGACUGUUUGGCAGGAAUCUCAGAAAUCCUCAGCUUCCUGGAUCAGAUAUUCGACCUGAUGCUCUCAGCCAACGGUACUGUCACCAUUAAACUGGCGGCCACAAAUGCUUCUCUGGUAGCACAGGAAUAUGAGGAACUUACAUCCUUUGUCUUCUCACUCCUCCUUGGCCCAAAUGAUUCUGCCAGUGUGAAAACAGUCAAACAGACUCUUCACUUAAUUAGAUUGCUCGUGGCUACACCCAACAUUUCUGUGUCGGAUGUCCAGAAUGCUCUGAGACAGUCAAACCUAACCCUCAAAGAGCUGAAUAGCUUUGCUGCACUAGCUGGAGCUGCUGACAUAAACCGCCUGUUGUUAAGUAUAAUGGAGAUCAUCAAUACUCGCCAGUGCUUUGAACCAGAUCAGGACCUGAUGGUGACAGCCCAGUGUGUUACUGGGCUGGUCACGGGUCUCAGCGAUUUUCUGACACGCGUACCUGGUCUACGCAAUCAGACGGCCAUCCUCUCCCUUAUCCCGUUAAUUGUCAAUUCAACUUUCAGAGACUUCAUGCAAGCUAACUUCAGUAACAAUCCAAAUGUGGUUCUCGAACACACCUUGAACAGGACUCUGGCCAAUAUCAAGUUGAGCCUCCAGGAGAAUCACCUGAACUCUCCAGAGAUCAUGAAUGAAAUCCAAGUGGUGGAGCGGCUGAUACAACUGAUUGCCAACAUGGAACCAUACAACAAUUUAAACACGACCUUGAUGAUGGACCCCAUGUAUGCCCAGAAAGUAUAUUUGGAGAUUAUAGACUGGUACUUGAAAAAGUUGGGAAAUAUAACCAGCAACAGCAUGGUGUCAGAGAUUCUCCAGCCCUUUUUCGUCAUCACACAAAUGCAAGUUACAUUACAGCUUGCACAGACCGAUUUUUCUCUGUCUGUAUCUAAACAGAUUGAGCACCUGAUAAAAACCCUCCAGUUCCCAAUAGAUGGCGCAGGGUUGAAUAAAAUUGGCCUGACAACUGUCGAGAUUCUCAAGGGCCUAUUUGACAGCAUAAAGUUGAACCUAGAGGCUCAGAUGAACAUGAUGGGUCCAGAGGAGUAUUUCAAUUCAACCGCUUUCAAUGCUAUCGCGGCUCAAAUUCAGCUUUACCUAAACGUCACAGAGCAGUGGAUGAAACAACCCAAUGUCCCGUUGAUCUUCACGAGUAUGCUUCAAUGGGGGAAUUCUUCCAUCAAUAUAUCUACCCCUGUGACAGACAUUCUUCACCUGCUGCAGACAACGUCUAUAUUCCUCAAUGAGGGUGAAGACAUCUAUCUUUCUGCAGUUCUCAAUACUAUGCGCUCCAUCGUAAAAGGGCUAAUGGUGGCUGAGCGACCAGGGGGCCUUCAAAGUGAUCACUUCGUAGCCGCCAUCGUGGAAGGAGUCAAAACCACCAUAAUGCUCCUGACUGGAGCCACAGGGCCCCUGCCGCACUCGGUACAACAGGACAUCCUGGAUAUUGUGCAGGCUUCAUUGAAGCUCAUCGUCCAGCCAGACAAGAACUUUGACUCAUCACGAAACAUCUCCCUCCUCAUCCUCGAGAGAGCUGAGAGCGUCGUCCAAACCAUAAUACCGGAGAUGUAUGCUGUAUACAUAAUUCCUGGAAUCAAAGUGGUAGCAACAUUCUUUGAGAGCGCCUCGGGAGAUAGUGGACCAGACAUCUGGAAUCACAUGAUUUUGAGUGAGCUGAAGACGAUCGAGAGCCUUCUGCCGCCGAACAGCACAGCUCGGACCUACGUCUCUGUGGUCAUUAGCAUCGCCCGUUUCAUUCUGGAGUCAGGCCAAGGUAAAAUGAGUCUCUGGGCACGUUUUGAGAGGGCAUCACUACAAGAUGUUCCUAUUCUUAUUGUUGAGAUUCUCAAGGGCCUAUUUGACAUCAUAAAGUUCAACCUAGAGGAUCAGAAGAAUAUGAUGGGUCCAGAGGAGUAUUUCAAUUCAACCGCUUUCAAUGCUAUCGCGGGUCAAAUUCAGCUUUACCUAACCAUCACAGAGCAGUGGGUGAAACAACCCAAUGUCCAGUUGAUCUUCACGAGUAUGCUUCAAUGGGGGAAUUCUUCCAUCAACAUAUCUACCCCUGUGACAGACAUUCUUCACCUGCUGCAGACAACGUCUAUAUUCUUCAAUGAAGGUGAAAUAAUCUACCUUUCGGCAAUUCUCAAAACUGUGCGCUCCAUCGAGAAAGCGCUUAUGGUGGCUGAGCGAACAGGGGGCCUUCAAAGUGAUCACUUCGUAGCCGCCAUCGUGGAAGGAGUCAAAACCACCAUAACGCUCCUGACUGGAGCCACAGGCCCCCUGCCGCACUCGGUACAGCAGGACAUCCUGGAUAUUGUGCAGGCUUCAUUGAAGCUCAUCGUCCAGCCAGACAAGAACUUUGACUCAUCACGAAACAUCUCCCUCCUCAUCCUCGAGAGAGUUGAGAGCGUCGUCCAAACCAUAAUACCGGAGAUGUAUGCCGUAUACAUAAUUCCUGGAAUCAAAGUGGUAGCAACAUUCUUUGAGAGUGCCUCUGGAGAUAGUGGACCAGACAUCUGGAAUCACAUGAUUUUGAGUGAGCUGAAGACGAUCGAGAGCCUUCUGCCGCCGAACAGCACAGCUCGGACCUCCGUCUCUGUGGUCGUUAGCAUUGCCCGCUUCAUCCUGGAGUCAGGCCAAGGUAAUAUGAGUCUCUGGGCACGUUUUGAGAGGGCAUCACUACAAGAUGCUCCUAUUCUUAUUGUCGAGAUUCUCAAGGGCCUAUUUGACAUCAUAAAGUUCAACCUAGAGGCUCAGAUGAACAUGAUGGGUCCAGAGGAGUAUUUCAAUUCAACUGCUUUCAAUGCUAUCGCGGCUCAAAUUCAGCUUUACCUAAACGUCACAGAGCAGUGGAUGAAACAACCCAAUGUCAAGAUGAUCUUAACGAGUAUGCUUCAAUGGGGGAAUUCUUCCACCAACAUAUCUACCCCUGUGACAGACAUUCAGCACCUGCUGCAGACAAUAUCUAUAUUCCUCAAUGAGGGUGAAGACAUCUAUCUUUCUGUAAUUCUCAAUACUAUGCGCUCCAUCGAGAAAGCGCUAAUGGUGGCUGAGCGACCAGGGGGCCUUCAAAGUGAUCACUUCAUAGCCGCCAUCGUGGAAGGAGUCAAAACCGCCAUAACGCUCCUGACUGGAGCCACAGGCCCCCUGCCGCACUCGGUACAGCAGGACAUCCUGGAUAUUGUGCAGGCUUCAUUGAAGCUCAUCGUCCAGCCAGACAAGAACUUUGACUCAUCACGAAACAUCUCCCUCCUCAUCCUCGAGAGAGUUGAGAGCGUCGUCCAAACCAUAAUACCGGAAAUGUAUGCCGUAUACAUAAUUCCUGGAAUCAAAGUGGUAGCAACAUUCUUUGAGAGCGCCUCGGGGGAUAGUGGACCAGACAUCUGGAAUCACAUGAUUUUGAGUGAGCUGAAGACGAUCGAGAGCCUUCUGCCGCCGAACAGCACAGCUCGGACCUACGUCUCUGUGGUCAUUAACAUCGCCCGCUCCAUCCUGGAGUCAGGCCAAGGUAAUAUGAGUCUCUGGGCACGUUUUGAGAGGGCAUCACUACAAGAUGUUCCUAUGCUUAUUGUCGAGCUGGGAAGACUUGUGAGCAUGUUCUUCAUGGGAAUGCCAGACGUGCAGCAGUCGAUUGGUUCAUCCUUGGGGAUCUUCACUCACCUUUCCCCUUUCCUGGAGCAGUUGAUGAGCGGCAAGGCCGACCAGCACAUGUGGGACAACCUUGAAAAGAUGCUUCAAUCCCUACUCUCGUCCCUCGAGGGAACGGAGCUGUGGGAUAAUAUCUCGUCUGUCGUCCCGCUGUUUGAGAAAAUCCUGGGGAGUUUGUUGAACAACAUGCAAGCACAGACUGUGAUGCUACUAAGCCUUCAGACCCCUGUGGUAACCUUGAUGAGGGAAGUUGCACGUUCUGUAAAUACCAGUCAUUUCAACCUGUCGGAGGUCACGGAAGGAAUCCAGGCUGCCAUCGAGCACACGCUGCAGGCGGCUCAGCAGGCGAAUGGCACACUGGGGUGCAGGGAGGCUCUCAGACCAUGGGAGCCGGUCAGGGAGGCGGCCGGGUUGAGCCCGGGCUUCAUGGCCAUGUGGUGCAACAUCAGCCUGCAGCCUGUCAUCGAGGCCUAUGCUGCAGCUCUGACUCCUUACUCCCACAUUAACAUGACUCACAUGGGCGUGGGACCGGUGAAUGCCACAGCUGCCAGGAUUGCCGAAACCAUGCAGGCUCUGUACCUGGUCGUUGUCAACCAAUCGCUUGUAGCGGAGCAGCUUAUCUCAGCUUUGUCCAAGCAGCUCGGAAUGCUGGCAGGCCGGCCUCUGAGCCAAGAGGCGCAGCUUUACUGGAACAAGCAGCUCCAGGACGUACAGUUACAGAACAGCUUGUCUUCAAUCAAAAUGCUCACAGACCAGCUGCGUGAAGCAGCCCCUUCCCUCCAGCCGUACAUCGAGGCGGUAGAGAAGGCGAUGAGUUACUUCAUCAUCAACUCCCAUCUUCUUGAAAACAGCAGCACCUGCGAGGACCUCCUCCAACAGACAGCGAUGACCUUCCUAACCUCUGCCAACAUCACCGCAAGUGACAUCUUCUCCGCGAUGUCAAUGAACGUUUCCGGACUCAACGAGGCGUCUAUUAUUAACGCGUUGAGAGGAGUUGUCAAAUUCAUGGCUGACCUGAUGAUACUUGGUGACGACCCCAAGGUUUACCGAGGCCUGGAGCAAAUCCUGGGAUUCAAAGAGACGACUCUGAUUGUGCGGAAGGUGGUGGAGCUGACCACCUGGUUGGGCUCCACUCGAGCCUCCGGAGUGAAUCUGGCGAUGGAGGUGGUGCACAGACUGUACGACAUCCUCAGGUCCGUCUUCCCCCUCCUGAGCAAGCUGUGCGUGGAAAUGCCGGAAAACUCUGAGCUGUUCGUGGACCUAGCUGGGAACACCAUAGGAAUGCUGAAGCAGCUGUUGGGCACCCCUGGUCUCCUGCCUCCUAUGCAUCAGCAGCAAGGAAUGUCAAUGUCACAUAUGGCCGGCGCUAACCAUUCGAUGAGGGUCCGACACAAACGCGAGGCGCCGAUGAUGCAAAUGAGGGACCCCAUGGACGACUUCAUUGACCUGUUCUACAUCGACUACCACGCCAUGUUCGAAGCCCUCAGCGUUCCUCCCACCACAGGAGAGAUCUUCGAGACAGUCCACAUGUUCUUUGCCAAUCCUGAUCUGAGUGUUGUGUUGAAGGGAGUUACGAGGGACAUGCCGUGGGGCUUGAACGCCUCUCGGGAAGAGACCAUUGAUGCCUCUCUUGCUGGGCUCUCCCUCUUCACAUUGCCCAGUGUACUUCAGAUGUCGACGGAGAAUCUCCUGAUGAGUGCUGUUGCCAUGCUUACCGAUGCCAUUCCACUCCCCCCUGUGUUUAAAAAUAUCACCCGGGCAUUGGCCGACGAGUCUCAAGGGCUUGUCAGAUGUGUUUUAAUGCACGACAUCAUCUGGUACUUCUGGCUCCGUCAGUGCCGCACCGGGGUUCGUUUUGAGGAGCGCCAGUUGCUGCUCGCCACCCGACGACGCUGGACCCUCGCACUGGCACGAGUCCUAAUGAAGCCCAAGAUCCUGAUGCUCAUGCAGCAGACCCUCCAAACAGCAGCUGAUCUCUUCCAAAGCAACAUGACCGACCAGCAGCUCAAAGAGAAACUUACCCUCCUGACAUCCCAGGUGUGCGCCUUGGAGAACACGGAGACAAUGCAACAGCUGCUGCGGUUCCUCUCCAUAGAGCGUGGUCAGCUGUGCCGCACCAUCCUGCCCAGCCUGCAGAUCCUGGCCGAGAGCCUGCUGAUAAACACCAGCACGCUGACUGAUGCCAUCUUCCAGAGUUUCAUCGGGGAGCCCAAAACCUACAACAUCGAUUCGGACUGGACGGAUGUGUUGGGUCAAGGUUUGGGCUUCAACACCAGCAGCCUGAGCUCUCUCAACAUUAACGUCACAUCCCCAGUGGUGACGGUCGGAGAGCUGCUAAGAGAUAAAGCUGCCUUUGUUCAGGAUGUUCAGCGGCACAUGGAUUUCGAUCCAGCAGCUCUGCACCUGCUGAUGGGAGCCGUUGUACCAAACAACAAUUUGGAGAUCCUGUCCUGGUUGGUGAACCUGCGCCAGUGCAACUCCACAUCCUCGGUGAACAUGAAAGCAUCGCACGUGGCCAUCUUAAAGACCUUCUGCUCCAUGAGUGCCGAGCAGUGGUACAGCUUUUCACUGCUGAUGGUGCGCCAUCUCAACAUGGAAAAGCUCCUCUACAGAGUGGUGCUGUCUGAAGAGAUGCAGAGCCUGGUGGUGGUUAUGCUUCAGAUAGCUGAGACUCUAACCGACAUGAUGAACACCAUUCUUCCCACAAUCAACACGCUGCAAAGCUACCUGUUCUCCAUCCAAGACCUCAACCUGAUGGCCAACAACGAGUUCAACCUCAUGUCCAGAGGACAUAAAACAUCCAUCUCUAGCAAGGCUACGUUCGUCACCCUCUCUCGAGCGCUGUGCAGUCACGGUAUCAUGGCUCUGUUUGGAAUCUCUAAACUGCCCCCCAUGUCGGAGCCGGACGCCACCUUCCCCAGCGGCCAGUGGAAAGAGGAGAUGAUCGAUCGCUUCAAGAUUCCACGAAAUGCCACUCCCUUUUGCAUGAACAUGUACCUGGACAUGGUCAACACCACAGGAGGAGCCAUCGCCUGGGCCUUCCUCAAACCAAUGCUGAUGGGGAAGAUCCUGUACACCCCCGAUACGCCCAUUACGAGAGACAUAAUGCAGAAGGCCAAUGCCACCUUGCAGGAGUUUGCGAAUCUGAGGAAGAACUCACAAGACUGGAUCCAGUCCUCCAACUACAUCGUCAAUUCUGCCGAGCUGCUCAGCAACACUCUGCCAAUGCUGCAGAGUUCCCUCAGCAACUCCUUUGUGAAGAAUUUCAUUGAGAUGCAGACUGACAUCGAUGUCGACAAAAUGAAAGACACACUUAACGGCUUCUCUAACAUGUCUUUGAUGCUGGAGAAGAACAAACAAGUACUGAAUCAGAUUACCACCCUGUCCACCCUAAUGGUCGACCUGUCCUCCUGUAUCAAGUUUGACCGUUACCGUGGCUACGACACUGCCGAAGAGCUCAACCACGAAGCCCAGAAACUCGCCAAAGAUCGCAAUCUCUACGCAAGUGUCAUCUUCAAGCUUCCCAAAGAUGACGGCUCGACCAAGAGCCGUCACGCCAGGUCUUCCUCCAACACGUCUUCCGGAUCGUCCCUGCCUUCCCAAGUCAGCUACACUAUCCGCAUGCACAUGGACAACGUCAUGCGUACGGACCGAGUGCGGGAGCCCUUCUUCGUGAAGGACCCCCACCUGCUGGCCAGGCAGACCAUGCGCUACAACCGGGGCUUUGUGUAUCUGCAGGAGAACAUCGACCGGGCCAUCAUCGAAUCCCAGACCGGGAAGAGAGUCUCCGACCCGGCUGUGCAGCUGCAGCCCUUCCCCUAUCCCUGCCACUUGCGUGAUGAGUACCUGGAGGCCAUCUCUUUUGUCUUCCCGAUCAUGCUGAUGUUAGCAUGGGUGCUCUUCAUCGCCGACUUUGUGAAGAAGCUCGUGCACGAGAGAGAACUGAGGCUGCACGAGUACAUGAAGAUGAUGGGCGUCAACCCACUCAGCCACUUCUUUGCCUGGUUCGUGGAGUGCACCGUCUACCUGGGGGUGACCAUCAUCAUCCUCACGCUGGUGCUGAAGUACGGAAAGAUCCUGCCCAGCAGCGACGGCUUCCUCCUGUUCCUUUACCUGUGCGACUACGGCCUGAGCAUCGUUGCCUUCAGCUUCCUGGUCAGCUCCUUCUUCGACAAGACCUACAUCGCAGGCCUGAGCGGCAGCCUCCUCUACAUCCUCUCCUUCUUCCCUUUCAUCGUGGUCAUGGCUAUGGAGACAAAUCUCACCGUUUCCCAGAAGAGCGCUUUGAGUUUGUUUUCCCCAACCUGCUUCAGUUACGCCAGUCAAUAUGUGUCUCGCUAUGAGGCCCAAGGAGAAGGUAUUCAGUGGAGCAACGCGUACAUGUCGCCCAUCGCUGGGGACACGGCCUCGUUCGGGUGGCUGUGCUGGUUGAUGCUCAUCGACUCAAUCCUCUACUUCAUUAUCGGGGCUUACAUCCGCAAGGUCUUCCCAGGAAAUUAUGGCAUCCCAUGUCCAUGGUACUUCCCCUUCAAAGCCUCGUUCUGGGCCGACCUGUGCUGCUGCAUUAAGUCAAAGGCUCAGCCGCGCAGAGGACUCAUCCUGCACAACAUCUUGCAGGACAACCAGCCCGUCUUCUCCAACGACAAGGAAAAAGGCAAGAGCUCGCUUUCCUUCCAGGCCGGCGAGGAUUUCUCUGAGCUGCCGGUGGGUGUCGCCCUCCACAGCCUCAGCAAGAUGUACGCCGACCGAGUCGCCAUUCAAAACCUCAACGUUUCCUUCCACGAGGGCCACGUCACCUCGCUGCUUGGCCACAACGGAGCCGGAAAGACCACCACCAUGUCUCUCCUGACAGGUCUUUUCGCCCCAACUUCCGGCACAAUAGAGGUGUACGGUAGAGACAUGCAGUCCAACAUCGACGACAUCCGCAAGGAGCUGGGCGUGUGCAUGCAGUACGACGUCCUGUUCGACCACAUGACCACCAAGGAGCACCUGCUGCUGUACGGCCAGAUCAAGGCUCCGCACUGGUCGAAGGGGGAACUGCACGAACAAGUCCGAUCGACCCUUGAGGAGACAGGCAUGUACGCUCACAGACACAAGCGGGUGGGCACCCUGUCGGGCGGCAUGAAGCGCAAGCUGUCAAUCUGCAUCGCCUUCAUAGGAGGCUCUCGCUUGGUGGUUCUGGAUGAACCCACCACAGGAGUUGAUCCGUGCUCGAGGCGCAGCAUCUGGGACAUUGUUAUCCAGCAUAAGAAAAACCGAACCAUCAUCAUGUCCACCCACCACCUGGACGAGGCUGAAGUGCUCAGCGACCGCAUCGCCUUCCUGGAGAGGGGGGGAUUAAAAUGCUGCGGCUCCCCCUUCGCCCUGAAAGACAAGCUGGGUCAGGGCUACAAACUCACCCUCACCAAAAAGCUGCAGAACCUCGAGUCUGAAGUAAUCGACAGUGCUGAUCUGAAGCAGUUCAUCCAAGCCCAUGUACCUGACGCCCGGCUGAAGGAGGCCCAAGGGGGCGACUUGGUCUACUCGCUGCCCCCCUUCACCUCAGCCAACGCCUCCUCCUACCGCUCCCUCCUGACCGCGCUGGACUCCAACCUGGACGCCCUGCAGCUCGGGGGCUAUGGCAUCUCUGACACCACCCUGGAGGAGGUCUUCCUCCAGUUGACUCAGGACAACCCCGAUGCUGAGAGCGUCCCCCUGUCAAUCUCAGAGAACAUUUCUGACACAGGGUCUGUGGACAGUUUCCCCUCAGACAGCGGUGAAAGCCUCGGUGAUCAGAUCAAGCUUACCGGCUCAUCCACGCUUUCUGGCAUGGCUCUGGCCUGGCAGCAGAUGUCGGCCAUACUGGUCAAGAGGUUCCACCACAGCCGCAGAGACUGGAAGGGCCUGAUCGCCCAGAUCCUGCUCCCUGUUCUGUUUGUGGUGUUUGCAAUGGGCUUGGGAUCCAUAAGGAGCGACCUGCAGCACUAUCCUGAGCUGGAGCUGAGCCCGGCGCUCUACAACAUCGGACCAAGCUACUCUUUCUUCAGAAACCAAAAUCCCAGCUCCGAGAACCUGGUGGACUCCAUGAUGUCGUUCCCUGGGAUGGAUAACGCCUGCCUCGACGGCCAGGGGAACCCGGUCUGCGAUCGGAACACGCACAAGUGGAGUUCCAGUGGGAACAGCUCUAAAGGAUUUAUUAUCUGUAAAUGCACCACACAGGAGCAGGUUUGUGAUGAGGACAACUAUAAGCCGCCACAUGAAAUCAUCCCUUCAUCUCAGGUUGUUUAUAACCUCAGUGGCAUCAACGUGGAGAACUACCUGGUGGCCACAGCCAACGACUUCAUCAGGAACAGGUACGGUGGAUUCGAUUUAGGGAUGCAGCUUCCUACUGACUUACAAAUGGACCUUCGAGCGGUGCCCAAAAAUCGCACUCUGUCUAAGGUCUGGUUCAACCCCGAGGGCCACCACACAAUGCCAGCAUACUUAAACAGCCUCAACAACCUCAUCCUUCGCUCCAAUCUCCCAGCAGACAAGGAUCCACGUAAAUACGCCAUUUCGGUUUCCAGUCACCCGUAUUUCGGUCGGGCGGAUGAUGAAGACGCAAUUGUCCAGGGGAUGCUCCAGAUCCUCGUGGCUGUGUGCGUGCUGACUGGUUACUCAAUCAUGACGGCCAGCUUCGCCAUCUAUGAAGUCCACGAGCACCACAGCGGCUCCAAGAGGCUGCAGCACAUCGCCGGCAUCAGCGAGCCUUUCUACUGGGCUGUGAACUUCCUCUAUGACAUGGUCAUCUAUAUGAUCCCCGUGACUUUGACCGUCUGUGUGAUCGCAGCCUUCCAGGUCCCAGCGUUCACAGAUCGGCAGAACCUGGGUGCCGUCACGCUCCUUCUGGUGCUCUUUGGGUUUUCCACCUUCCCCUGGAUGUAUCUGUUGUCGGGUGUCUUCAAGGAUGCAGAGAUGGCCUUCAUCACCUACGUGUGCAUCAACCUCUUCAUCAGUGUCAACACCAUCAUGUCCACCUCCGUUCUCUACUUCCUUGGCCAAAUUUCUAUGCGCAGCCCUGAGCUCGUCCAGAAUAUCUACGAAAAGCUGAGCGACGCCUUCCACAUCUUCCCCCAGUUUAACUUUGGGAACGGGCUGAUGUAUCUGGCGAGGAAAAACAUAGAGGUCCAGAUCCUCAGCGGCUACGGCAUCGACGCCUACCGGAACCCGUUCUCCACAGAUGCAAUGGGCUGGAUGUUCAUCGCCUCCUUCAUCCAAGGCGUGGUCUUCUUCACGCUGCGUCUCCUGCUCAACCAGUUCCUUCUGCGAAAAGUCAGGCAUAUGAUUUGUGGCCGUAAGACGGUGCCACAGGUGGCUUGGGAGGACGAGGAUGAGGACGUGGCAGCAGAGAACCUCCGGGUGUCCAGCGGAGCGGCCAACACGGACAUUCUGCAGGUCGACCAGCUCACCAAGAUCUAUCAACACUUUAAGAGGAAGGUCCCUGCUGUCAAGAGGCUCUCUGUGGGAAUCCCUGCAGGAGAGUGCUUUGGUCUGCUGGGAGUGAACGGAGCAGGAAAAACCACCACCUUCAAGAUGCUGACUGGAGAUGUGAGCCCCUCUGACGGCACAGCACAGAUCAGGGACUUGGAUGGGCAGUUGACCGACAUCAUGGAUUGCCGUAGCAAGGGAAUUAACAUCGGCUACUGUCCCCAGGAGGACGCUCUGGACAAUCUGCUCACAGGAGAAGAGCACCUGGACUUCUACUCUCGCAUCCGAGGCAUCCCGAAGAGGGAAAGAAAAGGGGUGGUGAACUACCUGCUGAAGAGGCUGGAGCUCAGCUACCACAGGAACAUCAUCACUGACAGUUACAGCUGCGGAACCCGCAGGAAGCUCUCGACGGCGCUGGCUCUCAUCGGACACCCGCAGAUCCUGCUCCUGGAUGAGCCAAGCUCUGGCAUGGACCCUCGCACCAAGCGUCACCUGUGGAAAAUUAUAUCCGAGGAAGUUAAAGGAAAAUGUGCCGUGGUCCUCACCUCUCACAGCAUGGAGGAGUGUGAGGCGCUGUGCAGCCGUCUUGCCAUCAUGGAUAAAGGUCAAUUCCGAUGCCUGGGCUCUCUGCAGCACAUUAAGAACAGGUUUGGCAGCGGGUUCACCGUGAGGAUGUACAGGGCCGAGGCCUCCUGCGACGCCGAGGCAAUCACUGGCUUCAUGCAGCGGCGAUUCCCCAGCACUUACCUCAAGGACCAGCACUCCACCAUGGUGGAAUACCACGUACCAGUUGCUCCAGGAGGGGUGGCUGACAUCUUCGACCAGCUGGAGUCAAACAAGAAUGCUCUGCAGAUCAAACACUUCUCUGUGAGCCAGACCACACUGGAUGAGGUCUUCAUCAACUUUGCCAUGGGAAAGAUCGGCAUGGAGACCAGACCAAUAAACAGCCAAGAAGAAGAGUGGGAUGAUCUGGACAGCAAGAAGGCAGAAGAUGCAUAG